UUAUUACAGAACUUAUUAUUAUUGCCCAAAUAUGCGACUUGGAAUCCUGCUUCCCGUAUUAUUACCCCUGUAGUAACCCUGCACCGGCUGUUAUUGCCCCAUAUCCUUUAACAGAGCAACCACACGGGGUUGGUUCGCUGGCCUCGCUUGCAAUUGCCGACGCAGAGGGUGCUGGGAUUUGUAGUUCGAGUCACUUCCGUAUCCUGUACCGGACUGUCCCUGGGCGGUGAGGAUGGAGGCAGCCGAUGUGGAGGUUCUCUUGCAGGAGGCUGGAGAGAGUAUCGAGGCUGCCAGUAACUACAAGAGGGAGCUGCUGCACCGGUUACUGGGCCUCACCCAGGUCCGGAAACAGAUCAAAGAUAGUGCAGCCCAGACUCGGGGGGCUCUGCAGCAGCACUUCCUGGAUCUUAAAGGAGCCGUCACAAAGCUUCUGGACGAGCGUCUGCUGACGCUGCUGCAACAGGUGGAUGCCGUAGAGGAAGAAAACAUCAAGCCGCUGGAUGACUGUCAGAAGCUCUUGGAACACGGAGUCCGCACGGCGGAUGAUCUCCUGAAGGAAGGAGAGCUUGCCGUGUCCUGCCCGGCCGGUAAACGCGAGAGCCUGUAUCGUUUUACAAAUAAAGCUCUUCGCAUCCAGCUGGACAGUUUGCCGGAGGUUCCAUCUUUGGUGGAAGCCCCCUGUCUCUCUGCCCAGCUGGAUGAUUCCUUCCUGUCAGUAGCUCGAAAUCACAUCUCUAAACAUGGAGCGGUGGCAUCCAGGCCUCCUGUGCAAAUUGAUGAGCUGAUUGAGAGGCCUGGGGGUAUCCUGGUGAGGUGGUGCAAGGUUGACGACGAUUUUUUGGCGCAGGAUUAUCGUCUUCAGUAUCGCAAGAAUUCAUCCAAUCACUUUGAAGACGUGUACGUGGGCUCGGAGCCGGAGUUCAUUGUGCUGCACGUCGCCCCCAAUACCGAUUAUCAGUUCAGGGUGUGCGGCCGGGCUGAUGGGAGACAGGAGUGGAGUCCGUGGAGUGUUCCCCAGCUGGGGCGGACCGGCCUGCUCCCGCACGAGUGGAGUGGCGGCUUUGAAGGGUACAGUCUGAGUAGCAGAAGGAACAUCGCCCUUCGAAAUGAUUGCGUUGGCCGCGGAGUCCUCUACUCUAAAGCUGCCACUUACUCUUUUGGGCAAACGCUGACGUUCAGGGUGGAGGCUGUCGGGCCGACGGACAAGCGAGACAGCAUUGGUGUCUGUGCAGAGCGGCAGCUGGAGUGUGAAUCUUUGCAGCGGGAUCAGGCUGUUUGCAUCAGUACAAGCGGUGCUGUCUAUGUAAAUGGUAAAGAAAUGACUAACCAGCUGCCUCCAGUGUGUCCGGGGGCCACGGUCACCUUUGACAUGGAAGUUGUAAGCGAGGGGCCAAACUAUAAAAGAAGAGUGACUAUUGGUUCAAGCAAUCGGGAAGUGGUCUUUGAUUGGCUGCUGGAUCAGUCAUGUGACUCUCUCUAUUUUGGUUGUUCAUUUAUUCACCCCGGCUGGAAAAUCCUGGUGUUUUAGCGGAAGGAUGUAUUAAG